AUGGCGAUUCCUCCACCGUCAUCAUCCAGAGGCCGGAGUGGAAUAACAACUAUCCAGCAGCCGGCGCCGUCGACGAGCACAAGGGGAGGCACCGCCAAAGUUACUGUCGCCGAACAGAUCUCUCAGACCGUUCAGUCCACCUUCAAUCUCCUCCAGCUGAUGCAGGAAACGUCUCCUUCCCAGGCACAUCCUCUCUCUCUCUAA